GUACAGUGCAGACAUGUACAGUGCAGACAUGUAGUACAGUGUAUAUCAUUUUUACUAAAAUUUUAGUUCCACUUUUACCGUAUGUGCCAAAUUGUCACGAGAGCGGAUGUCGCCAAUUAUCCUCUAGUAAUUCUAAGUUGUUUCUCUAACACACAACGCAGAUGCUUCAUAAUCAUUGUUUUCCAAAGUUACAAGACAAGUUUUAGGUCGAAUUGUGUUGUGCGUGUCAUAGUCCAUUUCUUCUUGGAUAGAGCUGAUUUGCAAAUACGUGACCGGAUCCAUAAACGCGAGAGAGACAUUAUAAAUGUGUUAUCCGGGGCCCACAUUAGGGUCAUAAAGUGGUCAUCCGGGUCUUCGUCGAUGAUGUCUGUGCCUCCGGAGGUCAAGUCGUUGCAGCCGUUUCUUCGCGCUGCGCGGGAAUUUGAGAAAAGGGAUCCUGUCGUUUCAUACUAUUGUUCUCUCUAUGCCAUUCAAGAGGGUCUACGAAUAGGAGGCAACAAACAACCGGCAGGGAAAGCGUUUUUGAUAUCUUUGAUGGACAGAAUUGAAGUGACAAAGAAAGAAUUGGCCGGUCAUGAAGCUAUUAGCAAUGACAUCGUUGGUCAGGCAUUUGUCGAAGAGAGAGCUCUGAAGCUAUUUUCGUAUGCAGACACCGAGGAUCGUGCAGCAAGAUUCGGAAUGAAUGUGGUGAAGAGUUUCUACACGGCAAGCAUUCUGUUCGACGUUCUCAAGCAGUUUGGCGAGCUCUCUCCCGAGAUUCCUGCGCAACAGAAGUAUGCCAAGUGGAAGGCAACGUACAUCAGCACUUGUCUCAAGAAUGGUGAAACUCCCGUUGCUGGACCCGUCGGGGACGACGGCAAAGGAACCGACGACAUGUUUAUGGUGCCCACCCAGUCACAUGAAAGUUCGAAUUACGGGGACACGAGCGGCGGACAACAACCACAAAUUGGUUUCUCAUCGUUCGAACAUCCGGCUCCCAUGGCACCUGCGUAUCCAGCAUAUCCAGCAUACACUCAACCUCAACUACCCAUUUCCACUUUACCACCUGCACACGGCUAUCACCAGCCAGUGAAUAUGCAAGCAUUCAGUGAUACUGUCAGUCAGCCUGCCGCCCCGGCUGCAACUGCUGGUGCUGUCGUUAGUAAUCCGCAUCCUGUUCCUGCUGGAAUCUUGCCGUAUGACUCGAAGCGAGCGGAGAGAGUAAAAAAAUUGUGUAAAUUCACGGUCAGUUCAUUGAACUACGAGGAUGUCAAGACGGCGGUUGAUUGUCUUACAAAAGCGCUAAAUUUGCUUACCACAGGGAGAGAAGAAGCGUAGGGGGUAUUUAAAAUUGUGCAACAAACUAGUAGAGAGCUGUCAUGUUUGUAGUUUGAUUGUAGUUUGUAUUAAAAUAGUGAAUCGCCUUGGCCAGUGUUUACUUGUCCCUUUGACGGAAGAUUUCUCCUUUGUG